AUGACCAAGUAUACACCUGAAGCAGAAGAGCCAGCUAUGUCCCGCCCCCUUGUUGCAGCCCACAGGAGUCAGCCAUCAUCACCUGUGUCGUCGUCGUCGAACAACACACCCUUCAGGAGUUUAACUGCUGCACCUGCGUAUCAGGUUUCAGAAGAAACACUUGUUAAACCCUUUCAUUUGAAGCACCUAAAGGACUCCAGGUUGAUUUGUGAUUUUCAUCACAAAGCCUUCCUGUCCCAUGAGACUCUUCACAUCAUGAGAUCACGUAACCUAUUCCUACUGGUUAACCUUCUGUGGAGCUGCCACGCUGUGGCAUCAAGUGCACAAAGUAACAAUACCUGCACUUCUAAAGAAACAUGUAGGAAGGAACCAGAUGAAACCUCACACUUUCUCCAGUGUGUGGGAUUGCCACCAACAGACACAGGGAGAGACCACUUGGAAAGGCUUAAAGAAAUGCUGGAAGCGACGAUGGAUGUUUACACCUUUAUGAGAUCCAGUAUGUCAGGAGUGCCACUUCUCAGCCUGCAGGGGGCACUUGAGUUGAACCCCAAAGCAGACCCCUUCCAGAAUGAUGACCUGGUCCACAUGUGGUUAGAGGUCAAGAUGAAACCGCUGCUGAAGUCCAUCACCAAACACUUCCUGUCCUGCCUCAGCACCAAGAACUUCAGCUGCUCAACCUACCAGACUGUGGUACAGGAGCUCAGCCACCAUUAUUCAGAGAUGGAUCCAGUCAGACAAAAGUGGAUCUACACAUUCUUCAUGUACCCGUUUCUGUCUGGAGACAGAGUAGCUGGUUGUGUGCAUAGGGAGGAAUCCACUGAGAACUGGUUAAUGAAGAAUUUUGGUGCCUUCAAAGCAAUGGCCCGGAUGAAGGACUUUUCAAAACUCAACAUGGUUUUCAGUGGACUGGAGGUUCUUCACCUACUGUCUCCAGUGCAGAAGGCUGAGCUGCUGCUUCAGCCGGGGGUAGAAAGUUUAGACAACGGCACCCUCACCCUGGUCUUUCACAGUAUGAUGACAGGAGGCCCUGGGCCUCACCCAACAGUCAUUCCUGGAUCGGGCCACAACUGGACGACCCCUGGAUUCUCUCCUUCCUAUCCUCCAAAACCACAUGACCCCUACAGACCCCCGUCCCCUCAUGAUCAAUUCAAAGGGGUUGUAAAGGGGUUCAUGGGAGCCUUCAAACCAGUUGGGAGCUUUGUUCAUAACUUUGUGUCCUUCGUUCAUGAGAGGGACAUUUCAGAAUUGAGAAGCACAACUCUGACUCAGUUCCUGCUCAAUUGGACUCUGGGGGAGCUGGCAGACAUUUACAGGCCAAAAGAAGUGCCUGUAGUUCCACAGAUGCCUGAGUUUGACGUGACAAAUGUUGAGGACUGGUACAGCCAAGUAGUGAUGCCGCUGUUAUGGAGGUUCUUGCCAGAUGAAGAAUACAUGAAACACCCCACCAUCAAAAUGGCCUUCCAUGAAGUGUUCUAUCUUGACCAUGGCAUGAACAACGACACCUCUGAAGUUCCCGAUGUCUGUAGCAUCACACUCGAUAGGAGCCCAUGUGGGCUGUCUGAUGCAGUGGAAAAUGUCGCCCAUGUUUUGCACUGUGCCGCUCGUACUCACUUUGAAAUUAACGAGGCCACGAUGAAGAGGUUGAUCAUGGAGAUGUUAAAACGUCUGAGCUCUCUGAUCGAAGAAUUGUCCAAAACGAACUUCCAUGAGUUGGCGUACGACUUUCACGAGAUCUUCCGUAGGCCCGACUCUCCAGCUCUGACUCAGGAACACCUGCAGGACCCGGAGUUCAUCAAGCUCUGGUUUCAGAUCAAACUGAUGCCCCUCCUGCCUGACGUCCCCAUAGGCCUCCUGUCCUGCCUCAGCAACAAGAACUUCUCCUGUCCAGUUUACCAAACCAUUGUGGCAGAACUCAGCGACAAAUUGAGUUUCAUGCAUGCUGAUCCCAUGUACAGUCGUAACAUCUAUGAACACUUCAUCUUUCCCUUUCUGCGGCAUCACAACACCUCAGACCCCCGGUGUGUUUUCUCAGCCAACAACAGUGCAGAAUAUCUGCUGGAAAACUUUGGUGCCUUUGCAAGAUUUGCCUCCCUCACCGACUUCUAUGAGCUCAACCCAAACUUUUCUGGAUUGGAAGCCCUUCCCGUCUUGACUCCAAAACAGACUGUAGAGUUGUUGCUGCUGCCUCUUCCUACUCCACCUGAGAAAGAGUUUGUCAUCGACAGAGUGUUUGAAUUUCUGUUGGAGUCGCCGGAACACUUGCCAGAAGUUCUGUACUACCUUGUCGAGCUUGCUGGAGAGGUUAAUGUUUCAUGCGGAGUCUACAGACAGAUUUUUGAGAGAUUGUACGAAGCCAUACCAUCAGUACCACCAUAUGUUGAACCUAUCAUCUGGGCGACCAUAGAUGAGCUGAUAGAAAUUGCACCAGAGGAGUGUGUACCAGAAGGCAUCCUGUGCCCAGUAACUCAGUACAACGAUCGCAAUAUCUGCAGAAGAGUUGACAGCUCUGACCUUCACUCUUACUUCAACACAUCAACGGAAGUGUCCUGCAAUUUCACCUUGGAGAUGUAUGCAUGUGCACAGCUGGAGACCUUCACAGCCCAUCAGCUGGCGUCUCUUCUGAAGUGCAAUCUGCCUGGAAACAGCAGCCACUCGAAAGUGUUGUGGAAGAUGCUGCUGACUAGACUAUCCCCCAUCCUGGACCCAGCUCUGGACAAGUUGGCUAACAUGUCCAUUCCUUCAGCCAGACAGGUUUUGGAUGUGAUCGGAGAGAUCAGAGUGUCGCUGCUGACUGAUGAGGAGCUGAAUAACAGCAGUGUCAUCAGGACAUGGUUUUCUUCUCGCCUGAGCGCGUUCCUCCCGUCUGCAUCACCGAGGUUCCUGGACUGUUUGAGCAUGCGAAACAUCAGCUGUCAAUCAUACCAGCAAAUACUGCAGGUAUUUAUCCAUCGUUUUGACGAGAUGUCCAGAAACCAACAGCAUGUGGUCCUAAAGGAGUUCAUCCUCCGUUUUAUGUCACACUCAGGUCCAAUCUGUGUAUCCAUCUCAAACAGCAGUGAAGAGUGGCUGGUGAAGAAUCUGGGGCCCUUUUCAGCUCUGUUGUCCGUUCAGGACCUUUCUGGUCUCAACCCAUUCUUCAGCCCUCUGGAGGUCCUUUCACUCCUGACACCAAAGCAGAGUGCGGAGCUGCUGGUGUUGACUCUUUCUGCUCUACCAGAGAAAGAAGUCAUCAUAAAUUCCCUCUUUGAUCACCUGGCUGAAUUACCUGGUGAAGAAAACAUUGAAGACUUCUUGAUGUACCUUGUCUUUUUCCUUCAACAGGGAAACCUCUCCUGUUCAGAAUAUACCACACUGUUCAUCAGACUGGACAUGACUCUGGCUUCAGCUUCUCCUCGUGUGGCUGCGACCAUUACGUACACAAAAACGGCAUUAUCCCAGCACAUUGAACCAGGUUGCAUCAUAUACAGUGGACAGUGCAAUUUUACCAUGACAAAUGAAACAGACAUUUGUGUUGGAGUGAACAGCACGAUGCUGCAGCUCAACCUCAACGGUGGACAUCUAAUUGGACGUGUGUGCGACUUCUCUGUUGAGGAAUUUGCAUGUGCCCAGCUCUCUGCAUUGACAGCAGAGGAACUGAGAAUGUUACUGGCGUGUAACCGCUCCGCUGACACCAGUGGUUCCAGGCCUAUCUGGAAGCUUCUCCUCUCCAAAGCUUCACACGUGCUGGAUGAAGCUCUGGAUCAUCUGAGCAACAUGACUCUGGACCCCAGAAAUCCAGCGGUGUUGAUGAUUUUGGACUCUAUACGAGAAAUCCGAUUGGACACGCUUAGCUCUGUCGCCAUCAACAGCCCCGCCCUCAUUGAGCGGUGGUUCCAACGGCGGCUCCGCCCUUUCCUGCCUGCUGUUUCCCCUGACUUCCUGUCAUGUCUAGUCACAAGGGGUUUGAACUGCAGCUCCUUCCAGCACCUGGUGCAGGUUUUCAGCAGUGUCCUGCCACACAUGUCUCUCUCAACGCAGAUGUCUGUCUACACACACUUUAUUAGAGGUUUCCUGGUCAUGAAUGACACAGCAGAUCCUGGCUGCAGAUUGAACAUUAACACCAGUGUAGAGUGGCUGCAGAGGAACAUGGGAGCUUUCUCUGACUUUGCAUCUCUCGAAGACAUUCAGAUGUUGUAUCCCAUCUUCUCACCGCUGGAAGCUCUUUCAAUGCUGACAGUUGGACAGCUAGCAGAGGUGGCCGCCAGACCUGGUCAGCUCACCUCUGCCGCCCAGGUUGAAAUGUUGGUGGGACUCAUCCCAGACAGACACUUAUCUGACUUCUUUGACGACUUCUCCACUGCUAUCAUUGGUCACGAGGACAUGCUCCAACAUGAAGUGAGAACAGCCAUGUUGCAGGUCGUGUUUAAUCGUGCAAACCUCACAAAUCCCUCAGUCAGUGAUUCAGUGGUGUUCGUUUGGCUCCACGUCAGAAUGCGCCCCCUGGUGCGCAACAUGUCACAUCUGCAGGUUGCACCAUUCUUUCAAAUACUUUCUGGAAGAGGCUGCGGUAUCCAGCAGCUGGGAGUGGACAUUCUGAAUGGAACAAUCUCUUCACUCAGUGAUGUCACACAGGAAGAAGUCCAAACCCAUAUCAUACUGUCUCUUAGAGGACCGACAGCUCUCCAGUGCUACGGUAACAACUUCAACCGCAGUUUUUACGAGUUCAUGGUGCGCUCGUUCUUGGGAUUCCAGCUUCCCAAACUGAACGUCUUCCUGUCCCUCAUCAGUCACGACAGAACAAACCAGUUGGUGAACUCCAUGCCUCCAUCAGAUCUUGGAGCCUUGCUCCAAAUUCCUGAUUUUAUCGACAAUGAAACAGCGCUCUGUGACAUCUUCAACGUAUACGACCAGACGGCAGUUUUCCUUCAGACUGUGAUUCUCACGGAGGAGGUGCAGCGGCCCACGCUGUUUUGCGUCUGGCCAUUGGCUCUCAGGAUCACAGAGAGGUCAGAAGUGGACGCCUUCUUUAGUGGUCUUAUCAACAGCAACUACACAGACCUGCUCGAUAGCAGUCUGAUCAACCCCCAGACCACAAACAAUGCAUCCUGCCUCGCCUUCCAAAGGAUAGUUGCCAUUCUUGGUGAAUUCAACUUCAAUGCUGCAGACUUCCAGGGGUUAGAUGUGUUCCUCACCAUCAGGAGUUACCUCACCUCAGGCACAGUUCCAAGAUGCUACGAUCCCAGCAACCCAGACCUGAACUCUACAGCAUGGUUUGCUGAGUACAUCGGCCCUUUCAUUUCUUUCCUCACCCUGGAGGAUUUACUGUCUUUUGGAUCUCAAGAGGUGAUCAGGGUGUUCACAGUGAACCCUCUGAACAUCGCCCUCUUCAACCAGGCUGUCUUACCUGCCAACCUCACCAACUACUACACAGAGCUUGUUUAUCAACAGGACAGCAACUUCAACCCCUUAGUACUUCCUGUGUUGUUUUGGUGCGUUGUUCCUGGGCCGGCUUUCGCCCAGCUGACUGAAGCAGAAAGUAUAACAGUUCUGCACAAUGUGACCACUAUCUGUUCAGACCUGGAUCCACAGAUCACUUCAGCCUUGGCGGGUAAUCUUGGUGACAACAUUGAUGCCACAGACAUUGCUGCCCUCGGCAGUCAAAGCAACAGCUUGUCCACAGGUCAGAUCAUGACGAUAAAUCCUCAGGAGAUACAAAAUUCCCUCAGCAUUUUCAGUGCAGUGACAGGCUGGAAUCAAGGGCAGGUCCGGGCCAUUUUUCUGUUACUGAGAUCUUCAGGACUGCAGAUCAAUAGCGCCUCAUCUUUAAUCAUGCUUGGAUCAAUUUUCAGUGGUAUCCCCUCUACAACGUUGGGGAACUUCAACGGCUCACAUUUAAUUUCUGCUCUUACAAAUGUUGCUUUUCUGCAACACGUUGUGUCUGCUCCGACAUUCCUCCUACAGCAACUUGUCACUCAGAUUAUAAAAGUGAAUGGCAACAUUGAGAUGAUCUUAGAGAACGUUCCGGAUGAUCUGGCCACUGAAAUCCCUCCUUUUCGGCUGGUUGGCUUGACUAGCAGUAACACUGUUAUCACAAGAGUUAACCGAAAGAAAUGGAAACGGCAGCAGAGUGUGUUGUUCUUCAAUGUUAUAGCUGCUGAGACAUCAACUAACGUUCUGGGAAGUACAAACACCUUGUCCUCCUCAGUGCUGCAGGGGUUCACAUGUACAGGGGUGAGGAGCAUUUCAAAGAGGCAGAUCAAGAAGCUGAUCAGAGCUAGUCGGAGGAGGGGCAGUAACAAGGUCAACCUGGUGGAGACUCAGCUGACCUGCAUGUAUAACCACAUCCGUCAAGAGGCAGAUGUCACAGAUUUCAACGGCUUUCCUCCUGACAUGCUGCUGUACUAUGAUUACUCCCAGGUGCCACAGAGCAGCUGCCGGCCUUAUUUCCAAGAGUGUGCAGACGCAGACUUCAGCAUCUUCUCCUCAGCCCUCAGCUUCAAACGGGUCGCUCUGUUUGAUAACGCCAGGAGCUGCCUGGGCAUUACAAACACGAGUUUGACAAAGGAUAACAUAGCGGUGUUGGGAAACAUGUGCUGCACUCUGGAUGGAUCCUACAUCGAGAACUCGGACCCAUCUAUCUUGGAACAACUGCAGAACUGCCCAGACCUCACUGCAGGUCAAGUGACAGCUGUUGAAGUUCUGCUGCAGAGCGGGAGAACACAGCAUGGUGCUCCAUCAACAUGGGAUGUAGAGACUCUGAAGGCCCUCAACAUGUUACCAUUGUAUUUGACUUCAAGUUUCUACGAUAACUUUAACAGAAGAACAAAGAGGAGAUUCUUGAGGUUCUUCCUGAGAACUAAUAGAAGGAAAUUGAGAAGACAGAUGAGAAGAAGGAUAAAGAGACAAAUAGGGAAGUCUCUUAGACUAAGAUCAAGGCGCUCAAUGGAAAACGAAUGCACCACCGGAAAUAUCACUCAGGUGACUAUUAGUGACGAUGCGUUCCCGAUCGACUACGAUGCAGUACAGUUCGACAGAUGCCUCAGUUCCACCAUUGUCAAAAACAGCUUGGCUGCACUCACUGAGAAGGUUGAUGACGAGAGCUUUCAGAGGAUUAUUCUCGACAAGUUGAAAGAGGCUUACGCUGGCAGCUCUACCAUCCCAGAGAGUCAGGUUAUACUCUUAAGCGCAGUGUCCCGAGUCGCCACUAUUGAUGACAUCAACAUGUGGAAUAUCACUCAGAUCGACACGCUCAGUUCUUUGAUGAUCACGGAUGAUGGAGAGUGGGAUCCGAACCUGGCUAAAGCAAUCAUCACCAAGUAUCUGAGUACGGAAGGCAACACACUGAGCAGUGCUGCGAUCAACGCCAUCGCAGGACGUAACCUGUGUUCCCUGGACUCUGACGUGUUAAAGAACAUUACGGAACAAAGCCUCAGAAACGCAGCAGUCCUGGAUUUGGCCAACUGUACCUUAGAGAAAAAGCAAGUUCUGUUCAUCAUUGCGGAAAAAGCAUUUACCCCAAACACCCGCUCAACUGCUGUCCCUGCGGACACCUACCAACUGAUACAACCUUUCACUGGGGGUGCUACUUCAGAAUAUGUCCAACGUUUGGCAGUCUCCGAUAUCAGUAUGGACCUGGCUACCUUUACUGCUCUGGAUCCAAAUGUCAUUCAGAACCUGGAAGUUGAUAAUGUCAGAGGACUUCUAGGCACCAACCUGCCAGGCUUAAAGUCUUAUGAAAACGAAACAGUGGUAAGGAACUGGAUAAGAAUUCAGUUACAGUCAAAUCUUGACACGCUGGGGAUUGAUCUUAGAGGAGGCAGGGCCACCACCGACACCACUGUCUCUCCUGCCUCCACUAAUCCUGGAGCCACUACCCAACCUGCAACCACCAACAAUCCUGCAGCAACUAACAAUCCUGCAACCACCAACAAUCCUGCAGCCACCAACAAUCCUGCAACCACCAACAAUCCUGCAACCACCAACAAUCCUGCAGCCACCAACAAUCCUGCAACCACCAACAAUCCUGCAACCACCAACAAUCCUGCAACCACCAACAAUCCUGCAGCAACCAACAAUCCUGCAACCACCAACAAUCCUGCAGCAACUAACAAUCCUGCAACCACCAACAAUCCUGCAGCAACUAACAAUCCUGCAACCACCAACAAUCCUGCAGCAACUAACAAUCCUGCAACCACCAACAAUCCUGCAGCAACUAACAAUCCUGCAACCACCAACAAUCCUGCAGCAACUAACAAUCCUGCAACCACCAACAAUCCUGCAGCCACCAACAAUCCUGCAACCACCAACAAUCCUGCAGCAACUAACAAUCCUGCAACCACCAACAAUCCUGCAGCAACUAACAAUCCUGCAACCACCAACAAUCCUGCAGCCACCAACAAUCCUGCAACCACCAACAAUCCUGCAGCAACUAACAAUCCUGGAGCCACAACAAAUGCUGGAUCUAGUUCCACUACAGGUGUCCGCAUACGAGGCGAUGGCUUCUGCUUCCUUGUUCUCCUCGUGACCCUCUUCACUUCUCAGCACAUUCUAGCAUGAAGAAGAAACUGGCUGGUUCUAUGAAAUGAUUUAUAUAUCCACUGGUAGAAGGAAAAACUGUCUGAGAUGAUGGUGAUGACUAUGAAGACAGCCAAGGUUACCUCAAACCCCAAGAAAUGCUUCUAAUAGAGUUGAUGUAAAUAAUGUUUUCUCUGUAGUCAUAUUAAAGUCUGCUCUGAAACUUUUUCAUGUAGAACCUGAAUGCUCAUAUAUUGACUAGCCCCUUUUCUGCUGAUUGCUUUUCUCAUUAUUAUUAUUAAUAUUAGAAUGAAGAGUUAGUUUUUACAUUGUCUAACAUCCUUUUUGUCUGACUACUAAUCCAUUUUUUAAAACUCUUGAUACAAAAAGCACAACAUCUGUCUGUUAGAGGCCAUAAGAUUUACCCAAUUUAUGUUGUGUCACAACUGACACAUUUCUAAAAUCUUUUUUUUUUUUUUUUUUUUCACAAAUGCUUGCAUGGAGGAUAUUAAACAAUGAGAAUGUUUUUCUUGUAUUGCUCUCUUACACUUUUAAAUGAAGGGAUGGUUUUGUGUUUAGAAAAUGAUUUCAAACUGAAAACAAUUUGGCUCAUAUCCAGAAGUAGAUGUUAUGCUGUGUAAAGAGUUUGGAAAAUGUAUCUUGAGCAUAAGAACUUCUUAAUACUUGUUUUAAAAAAAGACUAAGGUGAGUAAAGUUUCUGCUUUAUCUGUAUUUCUAAAUUCUAUUUACCAUUGUUCAGAAAACACUUACUUUAGACAAGAUUUCCUUGAAUAAUGAAAUGCAUGCCAGGAUCUGUAUGACUUCAAUAAGCCAUCAAUAAAUAAGAGUUUUGAAGGUAAA